AUGUUCCACAUCAAGUCAAUUGCCUCGACUUUGCCUCGCUUCCUGCGUCGCCAGUGCCUGUCGACUGCCUCGUCCAACUGCUUCCCGGGCACGUCGAUGCCCUUUGUACCCACCGUGGUGUUCCGAGACCCUAAACACGACGACGUUCUUCCGUGUUUCCGCAUUAUCAAUGAAGACGGAGACGUUAUGGACGGGGCCACGGACCCGCAGCUCAGUCGGGCUCUGUGCACGAAGAUUUACAGCCAAAUGAUUCGCCUAAAUACAAUGGACAAUAUCCUGUACGACGCGCAGCGUCAAGGACGUAUUUCGUUCUACAUGACGUCGUUUGGCGAGGAAGCCAUUUCUUUUGGUAGUGCCUCGGCUUUGCAGCUUCGAGACAUGGUGUUUGCGCAGUACCGGGAGCCAGGUGUGCUCAUGUGGCGAGGGUUUUCACUCCAGGAGUUUGCCGAUCAGUGUUUUGGUAACAAGGACGGACAUGGCAAAGGCCGUCAGAUGCCGGUACAUUAUGGCUCCAAGCAGCUCAACCACCAGACCAUCUCAUCACCUUUGGCCACGCAGCUUCCCCAGGCUGCAGGAGCGGCGUAUGCGUUCAAGCUGGCUAGAGAGGACCGUAUUGCAGUCUGCUACUUUGGAGAAGGAGCGGCUAGUGAAGGCGACUUCCACGCUGCGCUGAACAUUGCAUCGACGAAGGAUUGUCCGAUUCUGUUCUUUGUCCGAAAUAACGGCUUUGCUAUCAGUACACCUACUGUCGAGCAGUUCCGCGGUGACGGUAUUGCAUCACGGGGCAGUGGAUAUGGGAUUCCUGUCAUGCGCGUGGAUGGUAACGACUUCUUGGCUGUGCACGAAGUCACGCGACGUGCUCGUGAGUUUAUUUUGAAGGAGAACCGACCAGUGCUAAUUGAAGCCAUGUCCUACCGCCAAGGCCACCACUCGACUUCGGAUGACUCGACGCAGUACCGUGCUGUGGCUGAGAUUAAGCACUGGAAGGAGGCUUGUGAUUCGAUCGACAGGACGAAGCGCUAUUUGCUGAAACGCGGGUGGAUUACAGAGGAGCAGGACCGACACAUGCAAGAUCAGGAACGGACCAAUGUACUCGCUGCACUACAGCUAGCCGAGACAAAAGAGCGGCCUUCGUUGGAAACGAUGUUCGAAGACGUGUACGACGUCAAGACGCCGCAUCUUAUCGAGCAAGAACGUGAGAUGUUGGACCACGUUGCAAAGUAUCCUGACUACUACUACGUUGAAGAGCACUAG